AUGCACCACCUCAAUCCGCGGCUCACGCGGCUCAACAUCGCCCUCCUGUCGCUAUGCCUCGCGGUCGUGUUCAUGGUCCUGAGCAGCAAGGCCAACACCGUCGGCGGCCGUUUAUCGUCGUUACCAAGACUUUCGAUCCUGGGCAAGCCCAAGCUUCCAGCAUGGCCGACAUGGCGUAUUGGAGCGAGCGACAGUGCCGAGCAAGCGGCUCUCCGACGAUGGGAGCUGAGCAGGGCGACACAAUACCUCGGCACGGGAGCACGCGUCCAGCGCUUCCUCGAAAAGGCAAAGCGCGGCGAGCCAUUCACUGUCGCGGCUCUGGGUGGAAGUGUGUCCAAAGGCCGUGGUCUGUCAUCUCCAAAUGACCGCACAGCCCAUCUUCGAGACGCCGCGGACAAGGCCAACGGUAUCUCUGGCGACGAUGGCGACGCAUACGGCGCAGACACGCUGUACUCGCACGAAAACCUCCAUGUGCUCGUGUACGACUGGCUGAACGCUACGUUCCCCAAUGGCGGCCGUAACCGCUUCGUGAACGGCGCACAAGGCGGUGUUGGCGCAGGAUACUUUGCCUGGUGCUUUAAGGAGCACAUCUACGACGACGUCGACCUCGUGCUUGUCGAGCUGGGUAUCAACGACUUGAACCGCAUGGACGUCAUCCCCAAGUAUGAGCACUUGAUACGCAGUGUGGUCGAGCUCGACAGCGCGCCCGCCGUCAUUAACAUUGAAACAUUCACCACCCUGUUCCCCGCACUCGUCUCGUCCUCGGCAUUGCACAACGACGUGCUGGCAUACUACGACGUCCCCUCACUCUCCAUUCGCGACAUUCUCCUACCCCGCAUCCUGGCGGACCCAGACACCCAGCUGCCCCGUUGGUUCAGAACAGGCGGCGAUGUGGCGCUCGGAGACGACAAGGUGCGAGAGUGGGGCGGUGUGCCCGUCGAUCUCAUGCACAUCUCCGCAAAGGGCCACGCUUUGGCUGCUGGUUUAGUUAUCAACUAUCUUUCCAGCCAACUGUCGCUCGUCGCUCCCACAGGAUGGACCCGCCUCGCUCCAUGGCGGUUGCGCACCGAGAGGGUGUACGACUUGCCCUCAACGUCCCUGACUGCGAGCUUCAACCCGGAGGACCUGCCCGAGAAGCGUUCGCCCGUGUGCCGGUCCAUGAACUCGCCCAAGCUGCACCACCGCAUCUCAGACACUGAUGGGACGCCAGACACGGCGUCCCCGCAUGUCCGCGGCCUCGUCCUAAACCCGGCCUCGAAGGGAUGGGAACAGUGGGCAUGGGCUGAAAAGCACUACCUCGUCGCCCGUGAACCUGGAUCUCUGGCGAUUUUCGACUUUGUCACUGCCGAGCCCGAGGCGCCCGCACCGUUGGACGAGGAAAUGCUCCCAGACCCCUUGGACGUCUACGAGCCCGACCACCGGACAUUCGCGCCCUACGACGAGGACGACGACACCGAGUGGGCGGCCAUCGAGGCGGACGAGUCACAGCCGCGCCACCAGAAGACCACGCGCGUCAAGCGCAGCGGUAACGGCUACUUGGCUGGAAACAGGCGCAUGGGUGGAAAGCAACGCAUGGGUGAUCGCGUGCGGGCAGUCCCCGAGGCCACCUCCUCUGACGACACUGAAGCUCCCGCGCCCGCUGACGGUGGUACCGUGGCGGUUGGAUACCAGCGUUCGGCAAACUAUGGUCUCGGAUCGGUGUUUUGCUGGGUCGACGACGACAAGCACCAUGGUCGUAGGCUGGACGGCUACUGGACCAUCAAGGAGCGCAAUAUGGGUAUUGUUGACGCCGUCACCACGGGUCUGGCGCCCGGACUGCACAGGCUGUACUGCGAACUGCUGCCCGACACGCUCGACCCAUUGGGACGGCACGAAUUCCGCAUGUUCGCCAUCAUGUGGUCUUGA